UCAGAAUUACAACGAUUUUUCUUCUCGUAUAGACCCGAUAUAGACACACAAGGAAGAGAUAUGUCGUUGUCGAUCCAGAACAGAACGUUUGAAUUCCAGCAAUGUGUUACUUCCUAUGAUAAAAUAAAUAGAAAACAGCACAACUAUAUCAAGCCCAAUAACCAAGAAUGGCCACCCAAAAAGCUGAAAUUCAGCCAGCAGGCUUCAAUCAUUGCUAAAGAUAUUGUACAUGUGACAGAGUUGUUGAGCAAAUUGGCACUUUUGGCUAAGAGAAAGCCUCUCUUUGACGAUAAACCAGUAGAGAUAGGUGAGCUCACAUAUGUUAUCAAACAAGAGAUCUUCAAGAUUGAACAGAACAUGCAAAAUUUACAACGGUUUGUGAAAGGAGAUGCUAGUGUAGUUGUAGACUCGCAAACGACCCAGUUCUCCAAGAAUGUGUUGAACUUGUUGAACUCUAAAAUGAAGAAUGUAUCUGGAGAAUUCAAAAAUGUUUUGGAAAUCAGACAGAAGAACGAAAUUAUGAACAAAAACAGAACCGAGAACUUUUUGUCUGCGGCCAGUAAUCACCGUUCGAGCAACAAUCCAUCGCCGCUAGUGGAGUCAGGCGACCAUCUCAGCAAUCUAGGCGAAAACCCAUAUCUCAUGAACACGCAACGAGCUGAAUCGCCCCUACCAUAUGACCCAGAUGCCGAUCCAGAUGUCUCGUAUCCAUAUUCCAACGGCGAAUACUUGUCAAUACCCAACCAGACACAACAGAUGCUACUUAUGGAAGAACAGGGUGGUCAGUAUUUGCAACAGAGAAACAGAGCUGUCGAAACGAUAGAGUCUACCAUCAACGAGGUCGGAAAUUUGUUCCAGCAGUUGGCUACUAUGGUAAGUGAACAGGGUGAACAGAUACAGAGAAUAGACGAAAAUGUGGAGGACAUCAGCUUGAACAUCCUGGGAGCACAGAGAGAGUUGUUGAAGUACUACGCACAUAUAACCAGCAACAGAUGGUUGUUCUUGAAGAUCUUUGGUGUAUUGAUAGUGUUCUUCUUCCUCUGGGUGUUGGUGAGCUGA